CUGUCUUCUUGUCUCUGUCUCUCAGUCCUCUGAUGUCCAGAAUCUUUCCAGACUCCUUCUCUAACAAACAGUACCAGCUGCUCCUCACUCAGGGCGCUGAAGAGACCAAAGAAGAAAUAGUGAACUAUGAGUUUGACACCAAGAACCUGGUGUGUCUGCUGAUCAGCAGCGUGGUGGGAGUCUGGUACCUGCUGAAGAAGCACUGGAUAGCCAAUAACCUGUUUGGCCUGGCGUUUGCCCUGAAUGGCGUGGAGCUGCUCCACCUGAACAACGUCAGCACCGGCUGCAUCCUGCUGGGGGGGCUGUUCGUCUACGACGUCUUCUGGGUGUUCGGGACCAACGUCAUGGUAACGGUUGCCAAGUCCUUUGAAGCACCAAUCAAAUUGGUGUUUCCCCAGGACUUGUUGGAGCGAGGACUUGAAGCCAGUAACUUUGCCAUGCUGGGUCUGGGUGACAUCGUCAUCCCCGGUAUCUUCAUCGCCCUGCUGCUACGCUUCGACGUCAGCCUGAAGAAGAACAGCCGGACGUAUUUCUACUCCAGUUUCCUUGCCUACAUCUUCGGCCUGGGCCUCACCAUCUUCGUCAUGCACACCUUCAAACACGCACAGCCAGCUCUGCUCUACCUGGUCCCGGCCUGCGUCGGCUUCCCCGUCAUCGUAGCGCUCAUCAAAGGAGAGCUCACAGAGAUGUUCAGGUGAGUCCCCACACACACCUGCUCCAGA